AAGAACCAUUCCCCAGUGAACAGAGGGUCUCCACUUCACUGUUGUACCGUCGGCCGAAACCGCGCGAAACCGAAACCGCCCGGCCCAGCGUGCAUCACGGCGAACGCAAUUCAGCAUUGUGCUCGUUCGUGUGUGAUUGUGAGUGAGAGUGAGAAUUCGUAAUAGUGUACUAGAUAACGGACUACUGGCUACCUGAGUGCAACAGCGUGACGGCGUACGUGUGCGCGCGUGUGUUGCUGACGUCCGGUCCGGGGGUUCAACGCAAGGACAUACUCUCUCUAGGCGCUCGCAGUCCAUCAAACGCAAUCAAAUCCGUUCCAGUAGAGGUUCUACCCGUCCGACGGACGAAGUAGCGCGGCAAGGGAGGCAGGUACACACCUGUGCCUGGUCAGCUAUCAAAACAUUCGAACGCACCUAGACGUCGCGCAGGAGACAGGAGGUUUCACAGAAAGCAGUUCCAGUUCCCUUUCGGAAUGCGUUUUCAACGAACGCCGUUAGUGGUCGCGUGUGCCGCGUUGUUGGUGGCGACGUACGGUGCCGACGCGCAAACGCGCCGCCUCAGGGUCCGGCCGCGAGUCCUGCCGGCGGCUCCGACUAGCGCCGAGUACGGUGACAGCGCGGAAGCCGACGAUAGCCGCCCGCAGGCGCAGGGAGCCUACCCCCAGUACUACCGGGCGCAGGAGCGCAGCGGAGCAGGCGAGCCGGGCGGUAAUGGCGGCGGCGGCCGCGGCGGCGGCGACCAGCGGCUGGUGCUGGUGGCGGCCUCCGACGAAGAAGACUACGACGCGGGCGCGGGUGGCCGGGGGUACGGACAGCCGGUGCUGAGGGCACGCGCCGAUCAACCGUACCAGCGGCCGGCGGCCAAGGGAACCCUGUCGACGGCGGCGCCGCCAGUCGCCCGCCAGAAGACGGAGCACAGCAACGAGGGCCGGGCCCCGCCGGUGCAGACGAUCCGCAACUACAGCAAGGUCAACGACGACGGCUCGUUCACGUUCGGCUACGAGGCGGCCGACGGCUCGUUCAAGGAGGAAACCCGCGGCACGGACUGCGUGGUGCGGGGCAAGUACGGGUACAUCGACCCGGACGGCAACAAGCGCGAGUUCACGUACGUGUCCGGUAACCCCUGCGACCCCAACAACCCGGACGGCAGCGAGGAGGACGAGGCGGACCGGGCGGAGCAGUCGGACGAUGCGGGCGGCGAGAACGUGCCCCAAAACUACCCCGCCCGCCGCCCGGUGCCGCUACCGGCCGCCCGGCCUACCCAGCCGCCGGCGGCUGCGCGGCCGACCGUCGCCACGACCGUCUUCCAGAACGACUACCAGAGUGAGCGGACGCGGCUCAGCGGCGGUGGCGGCGGCUCGGACGAGGACUCGGCGCCACAGCAGGAGGUGCAGAUCGGGCAGCGGGGUGGGCGGCCAGUCGCCCGCCCGUUCGCCGGCGGUGCCGUGACGCAGUCCGUGACGCAGCGGCCACGCGUCCAGCUCGCCCCAACCACCCCCCACACGGUGGUCCCGGUCAACAUCACGCCCAAGCCGGUCUACCGGGCGUCCCCGCAGCCCACGUUCGCGCCCACCACCUACCGGCCGGCGCCGGUAGUCGCCACCGAGUUCGGCAGCGGCUCGACGACGCGCGGACCCUCCAACAUCGAUUUCGAGGCCGAGUUCAAGCGCUUCCAGCAGGACAACAAGCUACCGUCGGCGGCCUCCUCCACUACGUCACAGCCGCCGGCCUCGUCGUUGUCACCGUUCGGCAAGGGCGUCCCGUCCCAGGUGGCGGUGGCCAGCGGGAACCCGAUCUACCAGUCGCAGCUCAUCUUCGACCCGGCCUCCGGUCAGUACGACACCGCGCUCUACCAGCACCUGCCCCAGAGUGACGGCGACUUCCAGCUGAACCACCGCAUCCAGCCCUUCGUGAGUGGACCCCCGAAGCAGCAGCAGCACCCGCAACACCACCAUCAGCACCUCGUUUCGCUCGAGCAGCUCCAGCAGCAGUCGCCGCUGUACCGUACCGCUGCGCCGGCUCCGCUUCGGCCUCCGCCACCGGCGGUCCAGAUACCGCAGCAGCUGUACCAGAAGCAGCAGAACGAGCUCCAGUUCAUCAACAGCCAGCAGCUGUUCGCCCAGCAGCUCGAGCUCCAGCAGAGCCAGCUGCGGGCCGAUCGGCUCGAGGCGGCCAAAAAGGUGAACCCCGGGCCGCCGACACCCCAGCUACACCGCUUCCAGCCGCCGCAGCCGCUGCAGCAGCCGCAGCCGCAGCAGCAACAGCAGCAGUACUACUUCAUCCAGCCGCAGCCGGGCUCCCCGCACCAUCAGGGUGGGCAGAUAGAUGCGUUCCUGCGCGGUCACAACAUCGAGUACUAAGACUAUCCCAUCCCUAACCCAUCCCUUCCCCUCAUCUCCACCUGUCAGUCAGUAAUGUCCGCGGUGCCCGGCCUGCUGGCUGGAGCCCGGUCUCGCUCUCUACAUGAUCCCUUCGAAACUACUUUCCUUCCCUAGCUCCCCGAGCCUCGGACGCGGUAGGAAUGUAGUCUUAAUUUUUAAUUUGUUCGUCCCGCUCUGUGGAGCUCUUGACCAGGGGGUUUGGACCCUCGUAGUCCGUAGGCCGAGCCGGCUCCUUGGGCUGCGCGUUUUUGUUUUCUGUUUUUUAAAUCAUAUAUCCACUCAUAGUACUCGAUAAGAUGAGCGCAAGUUCUCGAGUUCCACCCCCGUCGGGGUUCGGGGCUUCAACCGCCUCAACGCGGUUGUCCUGGAGCCCGGUCUGACGAGAGUCCGGAGACGGGGAAAAAAGAUCAAACAAGGCCCAUUCCCAUCUGUAACUGUAACGGUGACCGUCAGAAAACAUGAAGCUGUGGAAGAAGUAAGGAUGCGGACGUGAAACGAGGAAGAUACACACGAAGAAGACGGUGCCGGCAGACGAAAGUGUGAAUAUGUAGAGUAGAUAGUAAAGUGAAGGAAAUCGUUUGAAACAAAAUAAAAACUAAGCAACUAAGCGAAAAACUACCGAAAGCACCCCGCCCCCGUGUUAGUCCGUUCGUCCGUGUCCUGUGUCCGACGGGGCGUGUCUCGCGAUGUGUGUGUUGUGUAACACACUACACGAG